AAAAAAGGGAAAGACAGCAGCAGCAGCUGUUGUCUGGAUGGGAAACACACUGUUCACGUCUGCCUGCUAACAUCACUCAAUCAACCAGAUCUAGAAGCUGCAUAACCUCACUGCUGAGCAACAAGGCUUGCACUUUCUUCUUUUCUUUUUUUUUUUCUAGAAGACGCAUAAAGGCCCUGCUAUGUGGAUACUUGGUAGCGAUGACUGAUGUGGAAUCUACAUAUGCAGAUUUCAUAGCUUCUGGGAGGACAGGAAGAAGGAAUGCUCUGCAUGAUAUACUUGUCUCCUCUACCAGCGGCAACACAAGUGAACUGGCUUUAAAGUUGUCAGAGCUCGACAUCAACAAGUCAGAGGGUGGCGAAAAUGAACAAACAAAUCCUAGUGAGAAAACUACAGAUGAACAAAAUCAAGCACCAAAACUGGAAAGCUAACGUGUCGGUCUAAUACACAUUUGGGAGAUUGUAUUUGAAGUUUAUAAAGCAAUAUGAAGAUCUUUAGUGUCAAAAAGAGAAUAGACAUCUUGGAAGUAAGAAGUGACUGGAUCAUAUCUAAGACUUUUCAAGCAGUGAAGAUGUCUCAAGGAUUCUUUCUCAAUUUUAUCAUAAGCAAUGGCUGAGAUGUAUGGGACAGGUUUAAUUUAAUUACAUGAGAUAUUAAUGAAACACCAAUGGGUAGAACCAGAAAUUAUUAUUGUGGUUUUGAAACCUUCAAAGAAUUUAAUUCUUUGCUGUUGUAAAGGCUUCCAAGAUUUCUACAGUUCUAAUUAUCCAGACAGACGUCACUCACAAUCGUAGUUGAACAAAAAAAAAAUGAAUCAAGAACGUUGUAUCUGUGUUUUAAUAGCUUUGUUGUUUAUAAAUGUUUUGUAUGGUAUGUUUUAAUAUUCUGCACUUACCCUUUUACAAAUAUGCACACGUAAAAAUGGUUAGCACGCAAUUGAAGGGCUGGUGUUUUUAUUUUUGGGGGCGUUUGCUUGCAAACUGAUCAUUUAAUCACGGAGAAAGUAAAUAUAACUCUAUUAAUAAGAGGUUAGUAUAUAACGAGGCACUGUAUUUUGUAGCAAUUAAAUUCACUGUUACUGUAUGAGAUAUCUGUCAGGUUAAAUUCGCACUAUAGCUUAGGUGUUAUUAUAGUCACUACAGUAAAACUAAUUUUUCACAAGACAAAUUUUCAGAAAAAAAAGACAGGUUUCAUUCACUGUUUUGUUACUCUUUAAUAUUCCAUAAAUCCAUGUGAAUUUUUGUUUUUCACUUGAAUAAUAGAUAUAUUACUAUAUAGUGAUGCACUACUAUUAUGGUUGGAGGUUUGGAAAGCACUUAGGAGGAGUGCGUCAUUAUCUGCGCACACCAAUUCCUUCAAAAAUUAGUAGCUAUUUCUAGCACUGUACUUGUUACACAUGUAAUAGUGCACUUUUUAAUGUUUGUACAUUUUACUAAUUAAUAGUGUGGUUGUUUAUCAGUUCUAAUAACCAAUAAAGUUAACCAAAUAUCUUAA